AUGCUGUUCAAGAAACGCCACUCGUCUGAUACCUCGACGCUCGAGGGGACGCAGAGCUCCGGUGGAAAUGGCCAGCUGCCCAUGUUGCGGCUCCCAGACAGGAUGCGGUACAACUUGCUCUGCCUAAUGGGUGAAUUCGUGGGGACUUUCCUUUUUCUUUUCUUUUCUUUCGCGGGCACGCAGGUGUCUAAUACGCCCAUGCCACCACCCGGUUCCCCACCGAAUACUUCUAAUUUGAUGUAUUCGGCGCUUUCUUUUGGGUUUGCUUUGACGGUCAAUGUCUGGGCGUUCUUCCGAGUCACAGGUGGUCUCUUCAACCCGGCUGUUACACUUGCUCUCUGCCUUACUGGUGGCAUGCCCCCUCUUCGGGGAUUGUUCGUAUUUCCUGCGCAACUGGUCGCCGGAAUUGCUGCGGCGGGCGUGGUGAGUGCCCUGUUUCCGGGCCCGCUAAACUGCGCGACCCGACUCGGCGGUGGCGCGUCAAUUGUACAAGGACUCUUCAUUGAGAUGUUCUUGACGGCACAGCUUGUGUUUGUUAUCAUAAUGUUAGCGGUGGUAAAACACAAGUCCACCUAUCUAGCUCCAGUCGGAAUUGGUCUGGCUUUCUUUGUUGCAGAACUGAUAGGUGAUUAUUAUACCGGAGGUUCUCUCAACCCUGCUCGCUCCCUGGGACCAGAUGUGAUCAACCGCUCGUUUCCCGGAUACCACUGGAUUUAUUGGCUCGGUCCUUUGCUCGGAUCCCUUCUUGCCUCCGCUUUCUAUCGAAUCCUUUGUUUCGUGCGCUGGGAGAGGAUCAACCCUGGUCAGGAUUAUAACGAGGAAGAGGCGGCCAGAAAGGAGUCGUUGAUUGGUUCGGAACAUACCAUCACCGCUAAUGUUGCAAAUCCCAGAAGAGAUAUCCCGCCCGAUGAGCGUGUUUGA